UGAAAACUCGUAGUUUAGCGAUCUUUUUAUGAUAGAUAACUUCUCACGAUAGACUUAAUAAUCGCGACUUAAGUUCGAUCUAUGAUUGAACUCAAUCGCCGUUUCAUCUUUUUCUUUCCUCGCGAGCAGUUUCAGUUUUUACUGACUCAUAAAGAAGUAAAAAUGAAAAGUUGUAAUGACUUGAUAUUCAGUUUAGUUAAUUUGACGCGUUAGAAAUUUAUUAAAAUUAAUUACAAGCAUUUUUCUCAAUAACUUUCAUUAUCGCGAUUUCAUGAAUAUUGAUAAAAAAGAGUUUAACAGAUAAGUUAUAAAUGUAAAUUUUUAUUGUUAGUUAUUAAGAGUGCAUCGUAAAAUUUCUUUAAUCGUGUACAAAAUAAAAGAAACUGGACAAGUGUAACGAAAAGAAACGCAGACCUGUUGCAUGCUCACGGCGAAUGAGCGCGCAGCAAACAAUUAGUUGGUCUUUUUUAUUGAUCCUCACUGAUCGAGAGAAAGAUAUAAGCAGAAAAAUACAAACGCUUCGGUCAACAUAGAAUACGGAUCAAAGUAUGGCAGCAAAUCUUUUUAUCUUGUUCACGGGCCUUCUUGUUCUAAUUUCCUUGGCAUUAAAUGGAAUGGCUUAUGAUCCGAACGACAAAUCGCUGAAGGAUAUUCUGUUACCGGAAGGGCAAUUCGAGGCAUUCUACUUGAAAGGAUCGCAGGAGGAGGAGCAGAAUGCCGUGAGGCCUCCGCAUCUGCAUGGCUCGUUUCAUCAGUACAAGAAUCCCGCCCUGGUUAGCGCGCCGAACAGCGCUGCAUACGGUUUUCGUUUCGAUGGAAAGCGCCGUUUCAAUUACAAUUAAAUGGAUCUAUCGAGUUUAAAUCUUCAUAGUGUUCACAACGUUCCGUACAAUGGCUUUAUUACCAUUUAGUAUCAUACAUUAGAGAGGCGCUAUUUACUCAGCUGCAACGAGAGCAAGUUUCUCGAUCAGAUCCCAUGUUUCUUCUUCAAAAUAUAUUACUUCAUUAAAAAAAAAAAAAGUGUAAGUUAUUUUAGAGUUUCGAGCAUUAAUCAGAAAAAAUUUAGCAAUAAUAAAUCAACAUUCUAUACACGUAAAAACAUUAUCCAUUAUAAACUCGCAUUUCUACUAUACAUAAACGUAUUUAAUUAAUUAUAAUUGAAGAUUAUUUUUAAACCGUGCUGUAUAAAAGAAAACAGAACGUACGAUUUGGUUGAAAAUAA